AUGCUAUCGAAAACUGUAUCAAAAGUAGCAUGUGCUCGCCCGAUAUGGAGAAGAUUAUAUGCAAACUCCUCAAAUAACGUGGGAUCACCUGAAUCUACAACUGAAUCGAAGCCCAAGGUCAACAGGUUUGCGAAACAGUAUGCCAACCAAGACCAAAAUCGAAAUAGGUUACAAAGCGGAUCAAAUCGUACGAUCCCAAGGGAUCCAAUUCCGUCCAAUGAAGGUCCCAGGAAAAACAGCGGUAAUACCAAUAGACAAACUUCAGCAAAACAGAAUUUAGAGAAAUUAAAGCAGAAUCGUUCUCAACAAAUACGUUCUGGUCAGGAAAAAAUUACAAGAUCUGGCUCUGCCAACCUGGGAUCGAGUGCCAAUUCCUCAUCACAACCACGGGCUCCGUUGCUGCAAUCUGCACCUCGCAAGAGGAUACAACCAAAGAAAAUCAAAAAAACAGUAAAGAAAUUAGUCAAGAUACAGCUUCCCCCUUUUAUCACUGCUUCAAACCUAGCUACAAUUAUGCAUGUGCCCCUUAACGAUGUUUUCAAAAAAUUGGAAGGUUUGGGAUUUGAAGAUAUCAGACAUAACUAUAUUUUGGAUAGAGAAAAUGCUGCAAUGGUGGCAGAUGAAUACGGUAUUGAGGUUGAGGUGGUAGAAGAGAGUGGUGAUGAUUUAUUUCCUGCGCCAAUCAAACCGGAUUUGCUUGUGGAAAGGCCACCAGUUGUCACCAUUAUGGGUCAUGUUGAUCAUGGGAAAACAACUAUUCUUGACUACUUGAGAAAAUCGUCUAUAGUAUCACAAGAGUUUGGUGGCAUAACUCAGCAUAUCGGUGCUUUCUCUGUGACAACUCCCAAAUCUAAAAAGAGAAUCACCUUUUUGGAUACACCUGGACACGCUGCAUUUUUGAAAAUGAGAGAAAGAGGUGCCAUAAUUACUGAUAUUGUUAUCUUGGUAGUUGCAGCAGAUGAUUCGGUUAUGCCUCAAACCAUCGAGGCCAUCAAACACGCCAAGAAGUCUGGUGUGCCAAUGAUUGUAGCAGUAAACAAAUGUGAUAAACCGGGAGUCAAUGUUGAGAAAGUUUUGGGUGACCUCUCGCUGCACGGCGUGGAUAUCGAAGACUAUGGCGGUGAAACUCAAACAGUACAAGUGUCAGGGAAAACCGGUUUAAAUAUGGAUAAAUUGGAAGAGGCGGUCAUCACUUUGAGUGAAUUGUGUGAUUUCAAGGCUGAACCAAAGGGGAUUCAUGCAGAAGGGUGGAUUAUCGAAUCUGAAGUAGUCAAAGGAAUGGGUAAUGUUGCUACAGUAUUGGUCCGUAGAGGCUCUUUGAAAAAUGGAGAUAUCAUUGUGGCUGGUAAAACAUUUUGUAAAAUAAGAGGGAUGAAAGACGAAAAUAACAAAAUGGUUAAAAUAGCAGGACCAUCAACACCAGUGAGAAUUUGGGGUUGGAAAGAUUUGCCUGAUAGUGGAGAUCAGAUUUUACAGGCAAAUUCUGAACAGAUUGCCAAAAAAGUAAUUGAUUAUCGUAUUACUAGAUCGCAAGAGAUUCAGGCAACUAGAGAUAUUGAAGAUAUCAAUGUGAAACGUCUAGAGGAAAUUAAAGAGGCUGAAAGAUUAGAGAAAAUUGCCGAAUUAAAGAAAGCCGGUUUGGAUGCUAGUACUUUAGAAAAAGCUGAACAGGAUAAAAAGACAAUAAAAUGUAAUUACAUUGUUAGGUCAGAUGUGUUUGGGUCAGCUGAGGCUAUUAAGGAGAGUAUUGAUGGAUUGGGCAAUGAAGAAGUUGAAUCUGUUGUUAUAUCUCAUGAAGCUGGUCCUCCUACCGACAGUGAUAUCGAACUUGCCAAAACAUUUGGAGCUACUAUUUUUUGCUUUAACAUGAAGGUGCCAAAACCUAUUGCUGUUCGUGCUGACAAAGAAAAAGUUAAAGUCAAAGAACACAAUAUCAUUUACAGGUUGAUUGAGGAUGUUACAGAUGAAUUAAGUUCCCAUUUGAAACCAAGGGUAGAAAUCAAAACAUUGGGUGAAGUUGAUAUAAAGGAUGUGUUCGUGGUUACUGUUAAAAAACAGAAAGUUAAAAUUGCCGGUUGUAAAGUUACAACAGGGUCCAUAAAAAGUUCAUCACAAGUGAAGGUAUUACGUAAUGGUCAAGAGGUUUACUGUGGUAAACUUUCAUCUUUGAAACAUGUUAAAGAUGAUAUCACGGAAGCUACAAAGGGUAAAGAUUGUGGUAUAGCAUUUGAGAAAUGGCAAGAUUUUGAAGCGGGUGACAAGAUACAGGUUUAUGAAGAAAUCCUACAUAAGAGAUAUUUGUAA